CAUGCGCAGCCGGUUUCCCUUUCGGCAGCUGCAGACAUGCGGACUGAAUGGUGUCACACACAACCGAUGCGGCUUCCGAUCCAUCUGUAUCGCCAGCAUGUCCGCGUCCUCAUCUCAAGUCGACAAGUCCCGCUUCCUGGCCGAUACCAACGUUCCUUUCUGUUCUCUCGAAGUGGGGCAGUCUUUCAGGCUCCUUACUGCUAAGGAGAAGUUCUACACUCACCAUAUCUCCCAGGCAAGCUGGGCAGGCGCCCGCAUCAUCCAAGGGCAAUGGACAUCCUAUGCUCCAGAAUUGUUUGACCUUUUGCUUCUCGUCUUCUCCUCCGAGAAGGGGAAACUUACCGAUCUUGAGAACUUGAGGAAGUCUUCCGGAGUAUCUGAUGAAGACUGGCUCUUUGCGCUGGAGUAUACAGCCCAAACUCUUUCAAACCUUGUGAACUACAAAUCUUUUGGUUUCAGCAAGUUCAUCCCUCGCAUCUCUGCGGAAAAUUUCAAGAAAAUUGUCAGCGCAUCCCCUCAGUCCGAAAAAGCUACCCCUCUGUGGGGAAAGCUUGAGAAGGAGUUGUAUUCCUUGUCCCCUGAAGCCAGCCUGUUAAUCGGGAAGCCUAAUUCGGGUCACAUCUCAAACUACUACUUAGGACCAACGAUCGAAGACGACGAAGUGGCCGCAGUCCAAUCCGCCGCCGAGAAGCUCAAAAUCGACAUUGAAAACACCCGCGUGCGCAAAGAAUCAGCCGACCACUUCACCCUGCUCAUCGCAUCCGCAGAAAAACGCGCAACCGUUACUCAAGAACAUACAUCCCCUAACGGAAAGACGAUCAAACUAAACCUUGAGUAUGGGGAUUUUAGCGCGCCACUCGCGAAGAGCGUUGAGCAUCUCAAGGAAGCGAAGAAGUAUGUGGCCAAUGUGCAUGAGGCAAAAAUGCUCGAAGGUUACAUUGAAAGUUUCCGAACUGGGAAUAUGGAUGCGUACAAGGAGGCGUCGAUUAAUUGGGUAAAGGAUGUCGGGCCCGUUGUAGAAAGUUACAUCGGGUUUGUUGAAACAUACGUAGAUCCAUAUGGAGGACGCGCAGAGUGGGAAGGUUUCACUGCCAUCGUGAACAAGGUUCUCACGAAGAAAUACGACAAGUUGGUAUCGCAAGCAUCCGACUUGAUCAAGGUUCUUCCUUGGGGAAAGGAGUUUGAGGUUGAUGUGUUCCGGAAGCCAGACUUUACUGCCCUUGAGGUUGUCAACUUUGCCACAGGUGGUAUCCCUGCUGGAAUAAACAUUCCAAACUACUACGAUAUCCGGGAAAAGCACGGCUUUAAGAAUGUAUCACUGGCCAACAUUCUCGCUGCCAAAGCGCCAAAUGAAGAAAUCACGUUCAUUCAUCCAGAUGAUCUGGAGCUUUACAAAGCAUGGGACACUCGCUCGUUUGAACUCCAGGUCGCGAACCAUGAAUUGUUGGGUCAUGGAUCAGGGAAGUUGUUCACGGAGAAUGCGGAUGGAAAGCUGAACUUCGACCCCAAGACAAUCAACCCGCUAACGGGAAAGCCAGUUGAUAGCUGGUACAAACCUGGUCAGACACCCGGGAGCGUCCUUGGAACAUGCUCCUCCUCGCUCGAGGAAUGUCGUGCAGAGGCAGUUGCGAUGUAUCUUGUGGGAAAUCGAGAUAUACUCAAAAUCUUCGAUUACACUGAUCCAAAAGAGAUUGACGAUAUACAAUACGUCUCAUUCCUCCUCAUGGCUCGUGCCGGUGUGAGGGCGCUGGAACUGUACGAUCCCAAGGCAAAGAAACAUCUUCAGGCGCACAUGCAGGCAAGAAUGGGCAUCACAAACUUUUUCAUCAAAGAGGGGCUUGCGAAGCUCGAAGAAGUUCGUGAUGAGAGUGGCAGGUUGACUAACGCUUUCAUCCGAGUUGACAGAGAGAAGAUUCUCUCCUAUGGGCAGCAAAUUGUUGGGAAGCUACUCAUUGAUCUUCAGAUUCGCAAGUCGCUGGCGGAUGGCGAGGGUGCGCGCAAGUACUACGAAGCUCUGACCGAUCCGAUCCCAGGAUGGGAAGGAGAACUACGCGAUUUAGUGUUGGCGAAGAAACAGGCGAGUGAUAUUCUACUUUUAAAUCCCCGAAAGAUAUUUGUUCAACCGAACACGGUCGUCGUAGAUGGAGAGGUGCAACUGAAGGAAUACGCAUUGGAUGCCGCUGGCACCAUCCAGUCAUUUGUGGAGCGAGAUAUUUAACAAUCGGACUUGCACUAAAGGAUCAGGUUUAACGAGAAGUAUAUGUGCUGCUGGAUAACGAGCGUUCCCUAACUUUGAGCGCUUAAAAAGUGGGAGCCAAACAGGGCUGACGCGUAACUACAAUGUGGCGCCAAAUCUCAAGUCCUGUACUAGCUGUUUUCGUUUUGUAC